UAAUUGUCCCCAAUCAUAUGCUUAAUUAUAUUCUAUGUUUGUGUAGCUGGCUAUUAUAAAUAAGCGUAGGAUUUAGAGGUAAGGUCAUCAACCUAACACAUCACAUUGUAUCAAACUUGAUUACCUUUUACGAAGUACAAAACAACCAGUGUGAUCGAGAACUAUGGCCUCCUCACAAGCAGCAAGAACAUCCAUCAGUUCGAAGAACAGAGAGAUUUUGGAUGGGAUAAAGAAGAAGGUGCAUGCAGAAAAUGCAGGAAGUUUUCAGGCGGCAGCCCAAACAACCACAACAGUAAAAAUGCUGAAUAAUGGGGUGGGUGCUGUAAAAUAUCAGGAGAAUAAAGAUUGGUCUGGGUCUAUAUUUGGUUCUUACCCUAAAACUGUUGCCAUUGGCGGUAUCGGUAAGUUUUCGCACCGAGGUGUCCCACCCCAGGACUCAGAAGGCUCCAAGGGGGCCAUUGUAUAUGUUGGCCCUAGGGUAGAAGGUGGUCCAGAUGAUUGUGCUUGGGUUUUUGCGUGGAGUGUCCCUGACGACGGUUCUUCUAACAAGGUCUAUGCUGAAUGUGGGCUUGCUACCAAGUAUCCUCAAGGACAAAUUAACUGGGAUAAAAUCGAAGCUUCACUAAAAGCAUCCACCUCUGAAAUUGAAUAUUCUGACGAGUUUUCGAAAUCUGAGAUCUCUGCUUCUAUUGAUUCUACCGGCAAUACUCCUACUCUAGCUGUUGCCUUCCAAGUUAACCCUUGAAUACUGGUUCUGUACGAGUUGAGCUUAGUAUUAUCAGAUCAAUCUACCACGUAUAAUAUGAUGGAGCAUGCAUUAUAAUAACAACUAAUAUUAGUACGAGUAUAUAUGUAAUAACUAAAUAAAUGCUCUUUUACUUUAAUAUAUAUACUUCCUCUGUUUUUUUUUUUUUU